AUGGCGGAACAAUUAAGACAAGUUUUUGCCGACGCUAAGAAAGAAAAGCGCAAUGCGUUGGUUACAUUCAUGACCGCUGGUUAUCCCAGAGUUGAAGAUACUGUGCCCAUUCUGAAAGGAUUUCAAGACGGUGGUGUCGAUAUAAUAGAAGUCGGUAUGCCAUUUUCGGACCCAAUUGCUGACGGACCUACCAUUCAAGUUGCCAACACAGUAGCUUUGAACAAUGGAGUCACCAUGAAACAAACUUUGGGAAUGGUUCGGGACGCAAGAUCGCAAGGCGUGACAGUUCCGAUCAUCUUGAUGGGUUACUACAACCCAAUUAUGACUUAUGGAGACGAGAAAUUCAUCAACGAGGCCGCAAAGGCAGGUGUCAACGGGUUUAUUAUCGUUGAUCUUCCACCAGAGGAAGCCAUCAAAGUGAGAAAUUUUGUCAGCAACAACGGGUUGAGUUUGGUCCCACUGGUGGCGCCUUCUACUACUGAUCAGCGUUUGGAGCUAUUGUCGCAGAUUGCUACGUCCUUCAUUUACGUUGUUUCCAGAAUGGGCACUACCGGAGUUCAAUCCUCUGUCUCGAACGAUCUUUCAGCUUUGGUGACCAGAGUGAGAAAAUACACUAAGGACAUUCCGCUUGCGGUCGGUUUCGGUGUCUCGACAAGAGAGCACUUCACUACUGUGGGCAGUGUUUCGGACGGUGUGGUUAUUGGAUCGAGAAUCGUUAAGCUUAUUGCGGACGCCCAACCAGACGAGCGUUACGAUGUGGCUAAAAACUACGUCGAAGAAAUUCUUGCCGGUCAAAAGCACAGAGUCCUGUCUACCGAGGAAUUCAAGGCUUCGCAAGCCGCUUCUAUCGGUAAGGGUAAAACCAACAAAUGUGAAGAGACCGAUUUCAAAGAGAUCCAUAAAUUUAAAGCCACUUUUGGCGACUUUGGUGGACAAUACGUCCCAGAAGCUUUGCAUGCUUGUUUGAGAGAACUUGAACAAGGAUUUGAAAGCGCCGUUGCCGACCCUAUUUUCUGGGAAGAAUUCAAGGGGCUUUACAGCUACAUUGGACGUCCUUCUUCUUUGCACAAAGCCGAAAGAUUCAGCGAGCACUGUGGUGGUGCUCAAAUUUGGUUGAAAAGAGAAGAUCUUAACCAUACGGGAUCUCACAAGAUCAACAAUGCCCUUGCACAAGUGCUUAUUGCCAAGAGACUAGGGAAGAAGAAGAUCAUUGCCGAAACCGGUGCGGGACAACACGGUGUAGCCACCGCGACUGCUUGUGCCAAGUUUGGUUUGCAGUGUACUGUUUUCAUGGGUGCUGAGGACGUACGCCGUCAAGCGCUCAACGUUUUCAGAAUGCGUAUCUUAGGUGCCACAGUUGUGCCUAUCACGAACGGCACUCAAACUUUAAGAGACGCAACCUCUGAGGCUUUCAGAUUUUGGGUGUCCAAUCUAGAGACUACCCAUUACGUCGUGGGCUCCGCCAUUGGACCUCAUCCUUACCCAACUUUGGUCCGUACUUUCCAGUCAGUGAUUGGAAAUGAAACCAAGCAGCAGUUUGCAAAAUUGAACGACGGAAAACUUCCAGAUGCCGUUGUCGCGUGUGUUGGUGGCGGUUCGAAUUCUACCGGUAUGUUCUCACCAUUUGAGAACGACACCAACGUGAAACUUUUGGGUGUUGAAGCUGGUGGUGAUGGCAUUGACACCAAUAGCCACUCUGCGACAUUGACCGUUGGAAGACCCGGUGUGUUCCAUGGUGUUAAGACUUAUGUGUUGCAGGACAGCGACGGUCAGGUUCACGACACUCAUUCCGUCUCUGCGGGUCUGGACUAUCCAGGUGUGGGUCCAGAGCUUGCAUCUUGGAAGGCGUCCGGUCGUGCUGAGUUUAUUGCCGUGACCGACGCUGAAGCUUUGGAAGGUUUCAGACUAUUGUCGCAAUUGGAAGGUAUCAUUCCUGCUUUAGAGUCGUCGCAUGCCGUUUACGGUGCUAUGCAAUUAGCCAAAAAGAUGCGUUCUGAUCAGCACAUUGUCAUCAACGUUUCCGGUAGAGGUGACAAAGAUGUGCAAAGCGUUGCUGAAGUUUUACCUAAACUGGGUCCAGAGAUAGGCUGGGACUUGCGGUUUGAAGAAGAUCCAAGUGCUUGA